GGGGUUGGAGCGUGUCAGUAAUUUUUUCUUAAGCACUGCAGCUGCGCAGUUAGGGACGCAAGGAGGCGGCGGCGACCAUGGGGAAGCGAGUGGCCCUGAUCUUGGCCGGCUGCGGCGUCUUCGAUGGCAGCGAAGUGCACGAGGCCUCGGCCGUCCUGGUGCAUCUCAGCAGGGCUGGGGCGGAGGUGAAGAUCUUUGCACCCAAUAUCGAGCAAAGGGACGUUGUAAACCAUUUAAAAGGCAGCCCGAGCAAUGAAAAGAGAAACGUGCUUGUGGAAAGUGGCCGACUUGCGAGAGGGAACAUCCAGGAUUUGGCAGAAUUGAAAGUGGACGAAUUUGAUGCAGUCAUUUUCCCGGGGGGCUUUGGUGUCGCGAAGAACCUGUGUUCGUGGGCUGCGGAAGGAAAGGCCUGCACCGUCAACGAACUUGUGAAGUCCACCCUUGAGGCCUUCCACGGUGCAAAGAAACCCAUUGGCCUGUGCUGUAUCGCCCCCGUGUUGGUGGCUAAAGUCUUUCCGGGAUGCGAAGUCACAGUUGGGCAGAAUAAAAACAUAAAUGGAAGAUUUCCCGACGCUGAGACAGCCUCUGCCAUAGAGGAACUUGGGUGCAAGCAUGUUUGCAAAAAUGUGAACGAAGCCCAUGUCGAUUCUGCCAACAAAAUAGUCACCACCUGUGCUUUCAUGUGCAAGGCCCCUUUGCAUGAAAUCUUUGAUGGGAUUGGAGUGAUGGUUGGGGAAGUUGUGAAACUUGCCUGAGGCGGGAAACUGCUCGCCUGCCCUUUCAGUGUCUGCCGGAAAAUAUGCAAUAAGUGUAGCUAAGCAGCUGGUGAAGUUAAUAAAAGUAUAUACCUGUGCUGAAAA